UAUUACAUUCUUUAUAUAGGGCAGCGGUGAAGUGAAGAUCUCAUCGCUAUGAGCUGAAAAAACUAUCCUCUGAAAAAAUAUAUAUAUCCUCUCCAUUUACAGAUUUAGGUACCCAAUUUUCUUAAAACAAAAAAUAGAUGGCAGAUGCAGUGGUGAAUUUUCUAGUAGAGAACCUGUUGCAGCUAUUAAGUGAUAAUGUAAAGCUAAUUGGAGGUGCAAAGGGAGAGUUAGAGAAUCUGCUGAAAGAAGUUCAACACCUAAAAGGAUUCUUAGACGAUGCUGCAAAAUUACCAAGCGACAGCGAGCAGUGGAAAGUGUUGGUGGAGGAGAUACAAAAAACGGUACAUACCGCAGAGGAUGCUGUUGAUAAGUUUGUGGUUCAGGCGAAGCUGCAUAAAGAGAAAAAUAAAAUGGCAAGAAUUUUGGAUGUGGGUCAUCUCGCUACAGUCAGGAAUCUUGCAGCUGAGGUCAAAGGAAUUCAUGACCAAGUGAAGGAACUUCGCCUAAACAAUCAAGCUCUUCAAGCACGCCCAACUCUUGAGCUGCCUAAAAAAGGUGCCCCUGAAACAACUCAGCAGGGUCCUGCGUUGGAGGAUGAUGAAGUUGUCGGCUUUGAUGAGGAAGCGAACAAGGUGAUCAAGCGACUUGUUAAAGAAUCAAAGGAUCUAGAUAUUAUUCCAGUGGUGGGUAUGCCGGGACUUGGAAAAACCACACUAGCAAGAAAAAUCUACAAUGAUCCUCAGCUUUCAUAUGAAUUUUUCGGCGUCCAUUGGGUUUACGUCGGCCAAUCUUACAAAAUAAAGGAUGUUUUUCUUAAUAUUCUCAAAUUCUUCACAAGACGCACCGAAGAUUAUCAGCAUGAGGAUGAGAACGCAUUAGCUAAGGUGAUAGCCGGUUUUAUCAAGAAAGGAGGUAGAUGUCUCAUUUGUUUGGAUGAUGUUUGGGAAACAAAAGUCAUUGAUUAUGUAAAGACAAUUUUCCCAGAAAACGAAAAGGGGCAUCGAGUCAUGAUGACGACGCGUGACAAAGUUUUGGCUACUUACGCCAAUCCAGAGCCUCACGAUCUGAAAUUUUUGUUUCCAAAAGAAAGUUUUGAAUUGUUGGUAAAGAGAGUUUUUGGCAAGAAAAGUUGUCCUAAAGAUUUAGAAGAACAUGGAAAAAGCAUUGCAGGAAAAUGUGGUGGAGUACCACUUGCAGUAGUGGUUAUUGCAGGAGCAUUAAGAGGUCGUCCGAACACAAGUGAUUGGCUAAGAGUUGAGAAAAAUGUGCCUCAGCAUCUUUAUGGGAAUAACGAAGAGAGCUGCUUGAAAUUUGUGGAGAUGAGUUACGAUCAUUUGCCCCAAGAAGUACAGACAUGCUUCUUGUAUUGUGGUGUCUUUCCUCGAGGAUUUGAUAUCCCUUCUUGGAAAGUGAUUCGCUUGUGGAUAGCGGAGGGGUUGAUAAAGCCGCAGGAAUCGUACACUCUGGAGGAGAUAGCAGAGUUUUAUUUGAACGAUCUUGUCAACAGAAAUUUAGUGAUACUGCAGCAAAAGAGGUCUGAUGGUCAAAUAAAAACAUGUCGUCUUCACGACAUGUUGCAUCAGUUCUGCAAAAAGGAGGCUAGUAACAAAUGGCUUUUUCAAGAAGUCAGUCUAACACCUGAUCAAGCUAUUCCUAUUGAAGACCCAAAUAAAUCUCGUCGAUUGUGCAUUCAACCCUCUAAUCUGAAAGAGUUUCUCUCCAAAAAACCUUCUGCAGAACAUGUUAGAUCUUUCUAUUGUUUUUCCUCAAAAGAAAAACAAAUCAGCGGGUUGACUCCUAAUGACAUUAAACUUAUCCACAAAGCAUUUCCGCUUGUUAGGGUUUUGGACGUUGAAUCCCUCAAGUUUCUCUUCUCUAAAGAUUUUAAUCAGUUAUUUCAUUUGAGAUAUAUUGCUAUCUCAGGUGACUUCAAUGCCAUUCCUUUGACCUUUGGUAAAUUUUGGAAUUUACAAACUCUUAUUCUUAAUACAAGUACCUCAGAGUCCACCCUUGAUGUAAAAGCAGACAUAUGGAACAUGUUACAGUUGAGGCAUCUUCACACCAACAUACCUGCAAAAUUGCAACCCCCUACUGCGACGACAUCAAGUAAAGCUUCUUGUCUACAAACUCUUUGUAUGGUUGCACCAGAAAGUUGCGAGAAAGAAGUGCUCGCAAAGGCUUGUCAUCUGAAAAAGUUGAGCAUUCGAGGACAAAUGGCGGCUUUUCUUGGUGCUUACAAGGGUGGAAUAAACAAUCUUGUAGAGCUUAAGUGCUUGGAACAGUUGAAGUUGUUGAAUGAUGUUCUUUACAUGAAUAAAGCACCUCAACUCCCUCCAACAUUCUCCCAACUUGUACGUACAGUGAAGAAGUUAACUUUGACAAACACAAGGUUUGCUUGGAGUGAGGCAGAUAAAUUGGGGCAAUUGGAAUCCCUUGAGAUCCUAAAGUUUAAAGAAAACGCGUUCGCAGGUGAUUCCUGGAAGCCAAAGAUGGGAUUUAGUGCACUACGGAUUUUGUGGAUUGAAAGGGCAGAAUUUGAAACUUGGGAGGCUUCGGAGCAUAACUUCCCCGUGCUUAGGAACCUUGUUCUUAUGUCUUGUGAUAAGCUCGAUGCUGUUCCAAUUGAGCUGGCUAAUAUAUCUAACCUUCGGGAAAUGCGGUUGGAAAACACAAGCAAAGCGGUCAAAUCUGCAAAAGAUAUACUGGAAAGCAAGAUAGCUAAAAGCAUCAAAUUCAGCCUUACCAUAUUCCCUCCUGAAGCUGGAUCCAAGGCCGCACAGUGAACUGAAAGGAAAGAAUCAGGACAUUGAGCUUGUUGGAAAUCUGGGGUCAUGGAUAUGGUUCCACUCAUGUUUUCUGCAGUCCAGUCCUUCUGAUAAGAUUGUUCCAAUAAAGAAAGCCUGUUUGUCUUUUGUUUAUACAAGCAUUGUCAUUUUGAAACAAGUCUCCGCGUGGUUUCGGAGAUAUGUUUAAAUAAGUGCACUCCACUCUCGGCUUGAAACAAACACCCUUCCUGGGAUUGUUGCAUUUCGAGUUCCUCAUCAUGCGGAGUUCUUUUUUUUCUCAGUUGUAAAAGUACUGUUUGCAUCUUUCCUAUUCUGCUUUGGUUGUAUUUGCUUUGUUUCAUUCUUGUAAGACUGUUGCUUUGAUCUAUCAUUGUUCUGUUGAAAGACAAUGUUAUUCCAAACAAAUAAAGUGUUGAGUGUCUUAUUUCCUA